GGAAGACGAGCCCAGAUGAAAUCGAUCGUGCUUCUAGUUGCCCUGUUCGCUGUGGCCAGCGCCGAUAUCGAUUGGUCGAAGGUGCGCCCGAUCGAGGAAUUCGAUCACUACUGGGCUCGUCUGCCUCCGUCGCUGCAGAUCUACCGUUAUGCUCAGCCAUCGCACCGUGUCACCAACGGCCAGGAGGCCACUCCCGGUCAGUUCCCGUACCAGAUUGCUCUGCUGAGCAACUUCGCCACCGGAACUGGUCUGUGCGGAGGAUCCGUCCUGACCAACAACUACAUCCUGACCGCUGCCCAUUGUGUCAUCUCUGGCGCCACGACUCUGGCUCUCAGUGGAACUGCCAUCAUCGGAGCUCACAACCGCAACGUGGUGGAACCGACCCAGCAGCGCAUUGACUUCACGACCGCUGGAAUUUCUGCUCACCCGCAGUACACCCCGACCAACAUCCGCAAUGACAUCGCCGUCGUUCGUCUGAACUCGCCGAUCACCUUCAACGACCGUGUGCAGCCGGCUCGCCUGCCUGCCCGCUCGGACACUCGCCAGUUCGGAGGAUUCACCGGAACCGUGUCCGGAUUCGGACGUACCUCGGAUGCCAGCCAGGAUACCUCGGCUGUCGUCAUGUUCACUAGCAACCCGGUCAUGACCAACGCUGACUGCAUUUCCCAGUGGAACACGGUCCUUAUCCAGCCCCAAAACAUUUGCCUGAGCGGAGAAGGUGGUCGCUCAUCGUGCAACGGUGACUCCGGUGGCCCGCUCGCCGUCCAGGACGGUGGAAGCCUCCAGGUCGGUAUUGUGUCCUUCGGAUCGGCUGCCGGUUGCUCGAUCGGUAUGCCAUCAGUGUACGCUCGUGUGUCCUUCUUCCUGGACUUCAUCGAGGCCAACUCGGACUACGUUGCCGCUCCUUAA